AAUGGCAGUCCAUUAUCGACUCGUCAGAAGUGACUGCUGUUUAAUGGAGGCAUUCAGAGAGUCUUGAUGGCAUUAGGUUAAAGGCAGCUGUGAUUGAAUUAGUGUGAAAUGUAAUCUCCUGGAUAUGGUUUGUGGUGUGUAUUCAGAUGUAGAGACUGAUACAUGGGGCUGAUAGUAGCUUUAUACAAAAUGAGGUCUGCUCCACUCGCUGUCAUCAGCAUUUGACAUGAUGGAUAUAAUGCAGUUGAAUCAUUAAAUAUUUAGUGCAGAAUUUAUCAGCUACACUACACUGGCUGUGUAAGGGAAGACGUGUUCUGAAGUCCUGAAAUGAUACUAAUAAUGAUAAUGAUUCUCUUUUUUUGAAAAUGAAUAAAUACUUACUCAUAAAUACUCAUGAAUGUCAAGUUUUGGAUGAAGACCUCUAGUUAACAGCUUUUUCAAAGUACAAAAAGCAAAACAAAAAAACUAUCUUAGCUUAAAGACUGGAAGCAGUCUAGCUAUGUCACAAGUGAAAAAUACACCUUCCAACAACUCAAAAGCUUUUUCAACCUAACAGCUCCUUUAUCUCCAAGCUGCAAUUUUAUUCCCAGUAGCAGAAAAAAAAUCUCAAUUUUAAUACCUCUGAAAGCAGAUUUUAGACUGUAACAUCAAUCACACAGCUUUGGCUGAAAUUCAUCCUGCUUUUAGUCAAUACUCUUAUUACAAUACAGCUGCUGUAGUUUUUUCCCCCUUGACUGUAAACCCAGAAUGUUGCGCACAAAAAGCUUGACCAUGAAGGUCCAUGGUGCUCUGAGCAGAAGGCGGGAGGGGGAGUUUGAGGAGUCCUAGAUAAUCGAGGGAGGAACCAAAGAGUCAGAGAUAAACAAGCGAGAGAGAGGAAAGAAGAAAGAGACAAAGUGGGUGAAGAGAGAGAUAAGGACAAAAAGAGACAGAAAGUUUACUUGUUGACUAGUUAGUCAACUUGAUACGCGAAGUCUGAAGUUACAGGAAGAGAGCAUCAGCUGAAGGUUGGUGUCACUGAGCUAUAGGAUUUCUUAACUGCUUGACCUGUUCCAUGAAGAAGAGAUACAGCCCUUGGAUGUCUAGAUAUUGCUCGUAGUGUUGGACCUGAAAUAUGGAUUUUGGGGGGUUUUUUCAACACAAAAUAAUAAUGAUGUCAGCCACAUUUGGGGACAGUAAUCUGUAAUUGCUGUAGGUGCACACACUAACAGCUGCUUCAUUUGGAGUUUAUAUCCAUAAUCCACACAUAGUGGAAUUUAGAUUUCUAUAAUUUGCUUUAUAUUUCUUUAAGUCAUAUCACAUACAGAAAAUACACAAACAAGAGUUUUUGUAUUUACUCACACACAUACUGCUAGGAUGUGGUCUUGUAUAACAGACUUCUUCACCUAUGAAACCACCAAGUCGGUCGUAGUGAAGAGCUGGACCAUCGGCAUCAUCAACCGUGUCGUCCAACUCCUCAUCAUCACUUACUUCAUUGGAUGGGUGUUUGUCUAUGAGAAGGCCUACCAGGUGAGAGACACAGCUAUUGAAUCCUCAGUGAUGACCAAGGUCAAAGGUUUUGGAAUCUACAAUGGCAAGGUCAUGGAUGUUGCAGACUACGUCACUCCUACACAGGGAGCUUCAGUCUUUUGCAUCAUCACCAAAAUGAUCACUACAGAGAACCAAGUCCAAGGAUACUGCCCUGAGAGUGAGAACAAGUAUAACUGUACCAAGGACAGUGACUGCACAAGGCACCUCAACAAGCUGGGAAGCUAUGGAAUUCUUACAGGGAAAUGUGUUCCUUUCAACGCCACCGACAAGAAAUGUGAGAUAAAAGGAUGGUGUCCUGCCGAGAUUGACACCAUCAAGACUACGCCAAUGAUGGAAGUGGAGAAUUUCACCAUUUUCAUUAAGAAUAGCAUCCGCUUCCCAACCUUCAACUACACCAAAGGGAACUUCCUUCCUACCAUCACUGAUGAUUACAUCAAAACAUGUAACUUUGACAUGGUCAACAACACCUACUGCCCCAUCUUCAAAGUGGGAGAUGUGGUCCGCUACGCACAGCAGAACUUCACUAAACUGGCAGACAAGGGAGGAGUGAUUGGAAUAAAGAUCGGCUGGAUAUGUGAUCUGGACAAGUCAGAUGACCAGUGUAACCCCACAUACUCAUUCACCCGACUGGAUGCCAUGUCACAGAAGAACGCUGUCUCUCCGGGCUACAAUUUCAGGUUUGCCAAAUACUAUAAGAUGGAGAAUGGGACGGACUACCGCACUCUGGUCAAAGCCUAUGCUAUUAGGUUUGAUGUUUUGGUCAAUGGAAAUGCAGGGAAGUUCAACAUGAUCCCUACACUCAUCAACAUGGUGGCAGCCUUCACGUCAGUGGGAGUGGGCACGGUGCUGUGUGACAUCAUACUGCUGAACUUUCUUAAAGGAGCAGAGCAGUACAAGGCCAAGAAAUUUGAGGAGGUGUCGGACAGCCCACAGGAUUUCCACAGCAAUGGGUUGUACCGCUCCCAGCUGUCACUCAGACAUAACGAGACCAUCAUGAGGUCCAGUGACUCAGGGGCAUUUUCUAUUGAACAUUACAGCUAGGACAGGAGCAACAGCCAGUCGUCAGGGAGCAAUUCAAUUCAGUUUUAUUUAUACAGCGCCAAUUCAUAACAGAAGUUAUCUCAUUACACUUUUCCUAUAGAGCAGGUCUAGACCGUACUCUUUAUAAUAUUAGGAGCAGUGGACUGAGGAAGACAGAUGUGGGUUGGGUUUCUCUGAAAAUGUUACUGUUUUAAGUUUUAUCAAUUUUACGCAUUCGGGGCCCUUUUAAUAUAAUACAGUACCUCAACGUUACCCAUAGGUUUAUGUCAAUGUCAAAAUUUCUUGAAUUAUUGCUGUUACCCUUAAAUAUUUCAGAAAAGUUACAGACAAUGACAAACAAAUAUAUAUAUAAAAUAAAAUAAAUAAAAUACAAAAUGAGUGUCUUUGCAUGAUGACAAUUUUGGCAUGUGACAUUGGCUCAGGAUUUUCUGAGCAGGAAGAAAACCUUUUUGUGUUUAAAAAAGGAAUUAAACCUGAAAAAUA